AUGGCAGACCCCGGCCCCGCGGCGGGCGCAGCCGGGGCCUCGCACCCGGGCCUGGCGGAGGUGGCCUCGGCCUACCAGCACUUCGAGCCCCGCGCCUACCUCCGCAACAACUACGCGCCCCCGCGGGGCGACCUGAGCCGCCCGGACGGCGUGGGGCCCUGGAAGCUGGGCUGCCUGGCAAGGACCUUCGCCACCGGUGAGGUGUCCGGGCGCACCCUCAUCGACAUCGGUUCGGGCCCCACCAUAUACCAGCUGCUCAGCGCCUGCGCCCACUUCGAGGACAUCACCAUGACCGACUUCCUGGAGGUGAACCGCCGGGAGCUGGGGCUCUGGCUGCGGGAAGAGCCAGGGGCCUUCGACUGGAGCGUGUACAGCCAGCACGUCUGCCUCAUUGAGGACAAGGGGGAGUCGUGGCAGGAGAAGGAGCGCCAGCUGCGAGCGAGGGUGAAGCGCAUCCUCCCGGUGGAUGUGCACCAGCCCCAGCCCCUGGGCGCGGGGAGCGGGGCGCCCCUGCCCGCCGACGCCCUGGUCUCCACCUUCUGCCUGGAGGCCGUGAGCCCGGACCUGGCCAGCUUCCAGCGGGCCCUGGGCCACGUCACCUCGCUGCUGAGGCCCGGGGGGCACCUCCUGCUCAUCGGGGCCCUGGAGGAGUCCUGGUACCUGGCCGGGGAGGCCAGGCUGGCGGUGGUGCCCCUGAGGGAGGAGGACGUGAGGGAGGCCCUGGUGCGUGGCGGCUACCAGGUGCGCGACCUCCGCACCUACACCAUGCCCGCCCACCUCCGCACGGACGUGGACGAUGUCAAGGGCAUCUUCUUUGCCUGGGCCCAGAAGGCGGGCGAGUGA